UAGCCUUCGGCUUUUCUUUUUGUCACUCCCUCCUCCUGUCUUUCUCUGAUACCCUGAUCGGAUUUUGGAUCGAUUCGUCGCGUUCUAUUCUGCCCUCAUCUCCAAUUCCUCAUCCUCCUCGAUCAUUCGCCUCACGGAUCGAUCAUCCUGGAGCCGUCAAACAGAGCGUGAUAAGGGGCUGAUCGAUCUACAUUUUUUUGAAUCUUGAUUCUUUUUGCUUUGCUUGGGAUCGAAUAAGAGGAAGGGCAGGCAAUGGAGUCAGGCGGCGGGCGGGAACAGACCCGUCCUCUGACGGCGGAGGAAGAGGCCCUGAAGAGGAAUACCGACUGCGUCUACUUCCUCGCGUCCCCAUUGACAUGCAAGAAAGGAACCGAGUGUGAGUAUCGCCACAGUGAGGGUGCCAGGGUUAACCCCAGAGAUUGCUGGUACUGGUUAAAUGGUAACUGCUUGAAUCCAAGGUGCACAUUCCGGCAUCCGCCGCUUGACGGUCUGUUUGGAAAUCCGGGAACUGCUUCAGGGUUAGUGCCACCUCCCUCACAAAAUGUUGCACUGAUACAUGUUCCUGCAACACAUGACCCUGCUGCUUAUAACUUGAACAAGAGUAACAUUCCCUGUUAUUAUUUUCAAAAGGGACAUUGUUUGAAAGGUGAUAGAUGCUCUUUCAUGCAUGGACCACAACAAACAGGUAAUCCUGUUUCACAGCAGGUGAUGAAGGUUCUUACACCUCCUGAUCUGGUGUCCACCAUCCAGAAAGAUUCAUUGGGUCUUAAAGAAUGUACUUCUCAGCAAAUAGAUGAAGCAAAUUGUGACAAGCUAGUUGAAAUGCCACUUGCUCCUAUAAAACCUACUGCAAAAUCUGAAAAUUUACCUGACAAUGGUUUUACAUAUAAACAGACUCCAUCGCCUUAUCCAUCAGAAGAUGAACCUCCUAGCUUCCUGCAAGGCAAUGCUUCUGUCAAUAGUGGCAUUGCUCUUGGCCAGCCCCAAAGUCACCAGUCUCAGUCUAUAGAUGAGCAUGUUCAGAAUGGCAGAGAAGCUGAUGAGUCAUUGAGAGAAUCCUCCCCUGGCUUCGAUGUUCUUGUAGACGAUAAUGUGGAAGAGUCUGAUUACUUCCACGAAGAAGGUGAUUUUCGAAGAGCAUCUGUUCAAGGAGGAAGGAAUCUGAACCAUGUUAGUGAUUUUGACUAUCACCAUUCUGACUAUGAGCCUCUUCUCAGUUUGGAGAGAGAUCAGUACAAUGGAGCAUGUGAGUAUGACAGGUAUGGAAGGUUAGAUAAUCGGUAUCGUCAAGAACAACAGAGGAUUUCCUCUGAGAGGAUUCUGGAUAGAGCACCAAUGCCUGAAAAGAAAGUGCUGCAGAGAGAGAAGAGGUAUAAUGACAUAGAUGGGUCAGAUUUACGCCAUCAGUUAUUGAAGCGACAAAGGCUAGAUGGUUCUAGAUUGGCUCUCAGUCCCGAUCACUGUAGCAGUCUUUAUCAGAGGGAUAACCAUGCUCGUCAUGCCCAUCGACGUAUUCAUAUGGAAAGCUCCAUAAGCAGUCGUUUGCAAGGUAGAAUAACUCUCCCUGCAAGAUCUUUACCAGAUCGACCUACGGAUUUGCAGUCAGACAAAGAUAAAGAUAAGAGAAGACACAAAGGAAGAUCAUCGCCUGUGAGGUCCAUAAAAGGAAGGUACCAUGAUAAAAUAAAGAGGCCGCCUCAUGAAGACUUCUCAGAUGUGAGGAAUGUUGGUGGCCAGCCAAUCAGAAGAGUAGAUGCACAUCCUCUAAACUUUGCUGGUCCAAAAAGUCUUGCAGAGCUCAAAGGUGCAAAGCUUUCAGAGAAUUUCCAAGAUCAGAAAAACCUCAAGUUAGGGAAAGCUUUAGGCCAUCAAGAUCCUGAAUGUUCUUCAUUUGAGGGUCCAAAGCCUCUGAGUGUCAUUCUGAAGAGGAAGAGAGAGCCUGCUUCUGGAAAUGCUGCAAUUUCCAGCAAUGGGGAUGACAAUAAUCAGAAAGAUAUUGAAGGUGAGUUUGGUUCUUCCAUCACAGCAGUGACUGAGAAAGAAGGUAAUUAUACUGCCAACUGCCCUGAAAAAUCCAAGGUUACUAGAGUUGAUGAAGAGGAAGAAGAGGGCAUGAUCCCUACUGAAGAAGAAUUACCUAAUGAUGGCCAAACUUCAGCUAAAGGAAAUACACAUGAAGUGCAAGAUGGCAUCACAGUAGAUGCUAUGGGUGAUCAGGAGAUGGAAAAUUAUGGCCAGAGAGAUGGAGAUUCUGACUAUGAGGCAGUUGAGGGUGGGGAAUUCCAACCAGAAGAUGAUGAGAAUGCAUAUCAAGAGGAUGAAGAGGAUGAUGAAGAUGACUUUGCUAAGAAGGUUGGUGCUAUGUUCUCUUGAAGACUCUGUAUUGGAUGUCUUUCUCUUUGAACAAAUGAAGAGGCACUGGAGCCAAAGAUGUCAACUUUUUGGUUCUUUUUGCGUCUCUUGGAGUUUCAUGGCACCACAAUUGGAGUCCUUUUUAUUCUAUCUAGGUUGUUACAAGAAAAGCCUCAGGAGGAGAGAAGCUAGGGUAGUUUGAAGGUUGACCAUAUGAAUUGUAAUCUUUGUGGCUCUGCAGUUUUCUUAAGUGGGGUUCUUUGGAAGCACGAAUUGUAUUAGAUACCUAACAGAUAUCUAUUUGGUUUAUAUUUUAACCAGAUUUAUAAGAUUAUGAAUUACCCAAGAAGGGUUUGCUUCA